CUUCCACCUCUUCUCUUCCCUUCAGAAUCUGAACGCGAGCAAGCGUUGUGGGAGUGUGCCUUCUUGCGCGUUACUUCAGUUGCAGGGAUGGUUGUGAUAGCAACGCGAUGAAUACCGUACCAAAGCCGCCAAGCGGCCACUUCAACGUGCUCUACUUUGCCAGUGCCAGCUCACUCACAUCGAAGCAGCACGAAGCGCUACCGGCUCCUUUACCUCUCGGCCAGCUCUUUGGUGCCCUAGAGGAGAGAUAUCCGGGGAUGAAGUCGAAGAUUCUCGACUCUUGCUUGGUUACUGUCAAUUUGGAAUACGUAGACGUGCCACCGCCUGGAGAUGACUCGGGUGCUGUGAUCAAAGAAGGGGACGAGGUCGCCAUCAUCCCUCCGGUUAGCUCGGGUUGACUAGAUUGUCCCAGAACUUACGUAUCAAUGCU